CAACCUUACUCACAGCGAGAAGAGAGACGGAAGAAGCGAAGAGAUAUAAGAAUAAGAGCUGCUUUUUACCCGCAUCCAGUUCACCAACCUGUCCCCCACUCAGUCAAGCAUGAUGUUGCAGCACCCCGGCCUCUCGCUGGCGGACAUCAGCUACUCCGCUCUGGUUCCCUGCCUGUCCCCCCCCGGCAGCCUCACUCUGGACGACUUCACCAACUUCAGCCCGAUGGUGAAGGAGGAGCUAAGGCUCGCCAUCCAAUCAAAACGCCUCUCCAACGGACUGAACGCCGACGUGAGCUCCGACUGCUCCAGCUCAGAUCUGACCUCCAUGGACUACCAGGACGGACAAGGAGUCAAGAGAGAGUUCAAACCUCAGGAGCAGGAGAGGAGGAGGAGAAGGAGAGAGAGGAACAAAGUCGCUGCUGCAAAGUGUCGCAACAGGAAGAAGGAGAAGACCGAGACUCUGCAGCAGGAGUCUGAGAAACUAGAGACGGUGAACGCGGACCUGAAGGCUCAGAUCGAGGAGUUGAAGACUCAGAAGCAGCAGCUCGUCUACAUGCUGAACCUUCACCGACCCACCUGCAUCGUACGAGCCCAAAACGGACAAACGCCCGAGGACGAGAGGAACCUUUUCCUCCAACACAUCAAGGAGAGCACUUUACAAUUCCACAACAUUGUCUCUUCCACCACAACGUCCACCUCCACUUCCCUCUCGACAAUAUCACCUCUAGACGGAGGCCUCCUGAGCCUCGAUAGCAUCCACUGCCACUGACGAGAGAUCAACCCACUCUUCAAAGACUUUCAACGUCUCAUCCCAACGCAGCACAGAUUGUAAGAGAUGCAGGUGGACGACUACGACUUGAGUGACAGUGACAUUACAAAAUAAACGCCAUCGGAUGACUCCUCGGUCUCAUUCACCGUCAACAAAGCUGCUAAAAAGAGAGAAAGAGGCCCCUCCCACUCCCUGAAACCACAGCUGCUGAUUGGACAGAAAAACAUUACAAACAGUCUCGUCCAAGGACAGAUGCCAAAGCACUAAAAUACACGUUUUCGUUUUAUUUACUGGUAUUUUGAAUUGUCCGAUUUUUGUACCAAAGCUUGAUUUGCAAGGAAAGUCGACGCUGAUCGACUGAGUGAGUUUGUAAAGCCUGACGAGUGUGUAAUCAGCUUUAAAAAAAAACAUUGCUCUGCUUAGUGUAUGAAGCAUAUUUAUUGAGCAACUACUGUGUGACAUGUCAUUGCUGUAUCAACUCUUGUCCUUUCUACAACAAGAACUACUAAAUCUGCUGCUACUACUAACCUCUCAGGACCUGUGCUGGCUGUAGAUCAAUGUUUUUUAAGAAGUAAUAUCUAAAAGGAGUUGGCUUGUUUGAUAUCAGGGCAGCAGUAGCAGUUAAAAAAAAAAAAGGGAAAUGUACUUUUCAGACAGGGUUUGCACUUAUCGAAGAUGAUCGUAACAAUAUACGCCUGUAUGCAGAUGACACCUUACUUUACUUAGCAAUUUGAAUUUCGCACGCAAACAAAAUUGUCCCAAAUAUAAUAAUACUGUAAAUAAUUUCAAUUUAUUUAUCACUGCGUUCCCUCUUAAGGUAAAUAGUACAAGUGUUUCUUUUUACAUCUUCUGUGACGAUGAAGCUCCACAAGUGUUAUUUUUGUUGUUUUUCUACUUUAAAAUCUUGUGUAUUGUAUCGCAUAAACUCUACUGUACGUUAAACACCGGAUGCCUCCUUUGGUCUUGGACAACACAAGAAAGAUUGUUAUUUUCUAAUGAUAUAUUUUUGAAUUAUUAAGACUUGGUUUGGAAGUUGUGUUCAUGAGAUAUCGCUAGCUAGGUAUCAGAAGUGUUGCAUCAGCUUUCGGCUGGUUCUAAACCACGCCUGAAUCUUGAGUUACGCAAGAUGGUUUUUUUAUGUUAUGCUGUGUGUUUUGAACUUAUCAGUAACCAGGUUUCCACUCACUGCCAAAUUAUUCUCCCUUCUUCCACUCCCCUUUUCCUCUAAGGAUCCCCUCGAGGGAAAUGUGGUGUAUUGCACAAUCAGAGGUUAAAAGGGGAAUUCAAUUACUUAUCGAAUGUACGUAAAAAGCCAAGGAAACGUUGCAUCAGUAUUUGAAUAAUUGCAUUAAAUAUAAUGUUAGCACCAUUAGCUUAGCGGUGGUGACGUGAAGUCAUGAGGUUAACUUAAAAGUUUGUCGCUAUUGGAAAACAUCUCCAGAAAGAGUAAUCAUUUAUGUUUCAACAUCACAUGUCUGUCACAGUGAGGACUGAAGUUUAAUAUUUUACGUUUGCAUGGGAGAAGACGAAAGUUGAUAUUGUUUAUUAGAAAGAAAUGACCUAAGAGUGACUUGGUUAAAGGGACGCAGGCGUCUGCUCACAGUGUGUUCGUUGUUGUUGUUGUGUUGUUGUGUUGCUAGUCACAAGCACUGAUGUAUUUUGUUGUGCCUUCUUCUACUGAUGGAGGCAGUUUCUGUUUUCUCUGUAGCAUCACAUAGGCAAAAUGAAUAAACUGUAAACUGUCAGG